CAUUGCGAUUUGUUUCUGUCUUUUUGACCCCUUCCCAUUUUCGUUUGUUUAAUCCGUUCGUUUCUUGGGAGGGGCUGAUAGGAGAAAAGAGCGAGAGAUUUCGUCUCGCCGCUCGUAUCCGAUCUCUUUCUUUCUCUCCGGCCUCCGAUCGUGAGGGUUUGAAUGUGACGACUGGGGGCGGUGGUGUGGAUUUUUGCGAGAAAGACGUGGAGUAGCAAUGUCUUCCCUCAGUAGAGAGCUGGUUUUCUUGAUCUUGCAGUUUCUUGAUGAGGAGAAGUUUAAAGAGACCGUCCACAAGCUCGAGCAGGAAUCUGGUUUCUAUUUCAAUAUGAAGUACUUUGAAGAUGAAGUGCAGAGGGGAAACUGGGAUGAAGUGGAGCGAUACCUCUCUAGUUUCACUAAGGUUGAUGAUAAUCGAUAUUCCAUGAAAAUUUUCUUUGAAAUCCGGAAACAGAAAUACCUUGAGGCAUUGGAUAAGCAUGAUCGCGCAAAGGCUGUCGAUGUCCUCGUGAAGGAUCUGAAAGUCUUUGCCUCAUUUAAUGAGGAUCUUUUCAAAGAAAUUACACAACUUCUGACAUUGGAGAAUUUCAGGGAGAAUGAACAGCUCUCAAAAUAUGGUGAUACAAAAUCAGCAAGAACAAUAAUGCUUGUUGAGCUCAAGAAGCUAAUUGAGGCGAACCCUCUGUUCCGUGACAAAUUCCAGUUUCCAACCCUCAGAAAUUCCAGGCUACGCACUCUUAUUAAUCAGAGUUUAAACUGGCAGCACCAGCUCUGCAAAAAUCCAAGGCCUAAUCCGGAUAUAAAAACCCUUUUUGUUGACCAUUCUUGUGGACAGCCAAAUGGGGCGCGUGCCCCAUCACCUGCAAACAGUCCACUGCUUGGAUCUAUGCCAAAACCAGGAGGUUUUACUCCAUUGGGUGCACAUGCGCCUUUUCAACCUGCACCAGCACCCAUUCCUACACCCCUUGCUGGUUGGAUGUCUAAUCCACCAACAGUAACCCAUCCAACAGUUUCUGGAGGGGCUAUUGGACUCGCUGCUCCUUCAAAUCCUGCUGCAAUUUUGAAGCAUCCUAGGACUCCAACUCACAACCCUGCUGUGGAUUACCCUUCAGCAGAUUCUGAUCAUGUAUCAAAACGAACAAGGCCCAUUGGGAUUUCUGAUGAGGUGAAUCUGCCUGUCAAUAUAUUGCCAGUUACAUAUCUUCAAAAUCACAGUCAAUCUAUGUACCCUCCAGAUGACUUGCCCAAGACUGUUGCAAGAACACUUAAUCAGGGUUCAACUCCCAUGAGCUUGGAUUUUCAUCCUACUCAGCAGACAGUUCUCCUCGUCGGUACAAAUGUUGGGGACAUUGGAUUAUGGGAUGUUGGAACUAGGGAGAGACUGGUUCUGAAAAAUUUCAGGGUUUGGGAACUUGGAGCAUGCUCAGUGGCUCUUCAGACUGCUCUAGUUAAAGAUCCAGGCGUGUCAGCUAACCGUGUAAUAUGGAGUCCAGAAGGCUCUUUGUUUGGUGUUGCAUACUCAAGGCACAUUGUGCAGAUAUAUUCUUAUCAUGGUGGUGAUGAUAUUAGGCAGCACUUGGAGAUUGAUGCUCAUAUUGGUGGUGUCAAUGAUCUUGCAUUCUCUAAACCCAGUAAACAUCUAUGUGUAAUCACCUGUGGAGAUGACAAGACAAUUAAGGUAUGGGACGCCACUUCUGGUGCCAAACAGUACACUUUUGAAGGUCAUGAGGCACCUGUUUAUUCUGUUUGUCCCCACCACAAGGAGAACAUUCAGUUCACCUUUUCAACAGCAUUAGAUGGAAAGAUCAAGGCAUGGUUGUAUGAUAAUAUGGGUUCCAGAGUUGAUUAUGAUGCCCCUGGUCGCUGGUGCACUACAAUGGCAUACAGUGCUGAUGGUUCACGAUUGUUUUCUUGUGGGACCAGCAAAGAUGGAGAAACGCACAUCGUUGAAUGGAACGAAAGUGAAGGGGCUGUUAAGAGGACCUAUCUCGGAUUUCGGAAACGGUCUUUGGGUGUUGUACAAUUUGACACCACUAGGAAUCGCUUUUUGGCCGCUGGUGAUGAAUUUCUAAUAAAAUUCUGGGACAUGGAUAAUACUAAUCUUUUGACAUCUAUUGAUGCUGAGGGUGGACUCCCAGCAAGCCCACGUAUACGUUUUAACAAGGAGGGUACAUUGCUGGCCGUUUCUACACAUGAAAAUGGGAUCAAGAUUUUGGCAAAUGCUGAUGGACUUCGUUUGUUGCGCACAUUUGAAAAUCGAUCUCUUGAUCCUUCUAGGGCUGUAUCAGAGACUGUAAUGAAGAAUGGAGACAGCAGAAAUCUGGUGGAUGUAAAACCUAGAUUAGUUGAUGAGUCGAUGGAGAAAUUAAAGAUCUGGAAGCUCACUGAAAUCAAUGAACCGGCUCAGUGCCAAUCCCUGAGGCUCAUAGAUAACAUGAGAACAAGCAAGAUAUCAAGAUUAAUAUAUACUAAUUCUGGAGUAGCCAUCUUGGCUUUGGCAUCCAAUGCAAUUCAUCUACUCUGGAAGUGGCCUCGUAAUGAACGCAAUUCAAGUGGGAAAGCUACAGCAAGUGUUUCCCCACAGUUAUGGCAACCACCAAGUGGCAUCUUGAUGACAAAUGACAUAACUGAUGCAAAUCCUGAGGAAGCAGUCCCAUGUUUUGCUUUGUCAAAGAAUGAUUCUUAUGUCAUGUCUGCAUCAGGAGGGAAAAUCUCCCUAUUUAACAUGAUGACAUUUAAGACUAUGACAACAUUUAUGUCCCCACCACCAGCAGCGACAUUUCUUGCAUUUCAUCCUCAGGAUAACAACAUAAUUGCUAUAGGAAUGGAUGACUCCACAGUCCAGAUUUACAAUGUUCGUGUUGAUGAGGUCAAAAGCAAACUGAAGGGUCACUCUAAAAGAAUUACUGGUCUUGCCUUCUCGCAUGUUUUAAAUGUACUGGUGUCAACUGGAGCUGAUGCUCAGAUUUGUGUGUGGGGAACAGAUGGGUGGGAGAAGCAGAGGAGCAGAUUUUUGCAAACUCCACCUGGGCGUACUCCAAGUGCACUUUCAGAUACAUGUGUGCAGUUUCACCAGGAUCAGAUACAUUUCCUGGCUGUACAUGAGACCCAGAUUGCUAUAUUUGAAACCAAUAAGUUAGAGUGUGUAAAGCAGUGGGUUCUGCAUGAAUCUUUUGCUCCAAUCACCCAUGCCACAUUUUCAUGUGACAGUCAACUGAUAUAUGUAAGCCUUUUGGAUGCCACCGUGUGCGUAUUUAACAUCACAAAUCUCAGGAUGCGAUGCCGGAUAAGUCCAGCUGCUUAUCUUCCUGCUAACAUCAGCUCAAAUGUUUAUCCACUUGUGAUUGCUGCACAUCCAUCAGAACCAAAUCAGUUUGCUUUGGGACUAACAGAUGGGGGUGUCCAUGUUUUGGAGCCACUGGAAUCUGAGGGCAAAUGGGGUGUUCCUCCACCUGCUGAGAAUGGGUCGGCAAGCAGCGUGUCCGCAGCACCCCCAGCUGGAGCAGCAGGUUCAGAUCAACCACAGAGGUGAUGAUAAAAGUUGGUGUCUUGCCUGUCCGAUGGUUCAGGAUCAUGGUCCACCAAAUCACAAACGAAAGCAAAAACUUCAAAUGGCAGCUAUCUAUUCUUAAAUCAAAAUAUGUUUUUUUGACUUUCAUCUUCUUGAAUAUUGUACUAUUGCGUAAGCAGGUAGAAUUCUGACAAGCUAUUAGAUUGACAGUCUUCACUAAGACGGGAUUAGGAAAACUUAUUGAGUUUUGUAAUGUGGUUCUUUUGUUGCUUUUGAUAAAAUCGGUUUUGCUGAAACUGUUAUAAAACUUCAGAAACUCUUAGGGAAGACAGGUCUUUCCCUUCUUUUCCACAAA